CUCCCCUUAAAUUAACAGAAAAUUUUAUGUAAUUUUUAAUGUCAUUGCGUUAACUAUUUAUUGGAUUAAUAAGGAUAAGGUAAACGAACAAACAGUUAUUUAGUAAUGUCUUCCUUGCUCACAAUACUCUUGAGAAAUGAAUGCAGAAGAAUAUGUUCCAAAUGUCUUUUGGAUCAUUGUGUGCCAAAACAAACAUUUCGAAGAUUCCACAAAUCAAAAUGGUCAAGGAAAAAUGACAGUCUUCAACAGGGAGUUGAUAAAGUGAAAAAGACAUCACUGAAAAGAAAGCUAGCAUAUGGUAUAGGAUUAGGCUGUCUAACUACAGGAGUUGUUUAUGUUACAUUAGAAGAACCUAGUCGAAGGAAGAUCAGAGUAGUUGUUGGUGGAGUAGGCAGAUUUCUAAGAUCUCUAAAAAUAGGUUUAGUUGUAUCUGCUGAUUAUAAAUGGAACUUAUGGAAAUUAAAGGAAGACUCUAAGGAAUACAAUGAUGCUAUCAAAUUAUGUCACAAACGAGCUGCUGACCGACUCCUAGUUGGAUGUUUAAGGAAUGGAGGACUUUAUGUUAAACUUGGACAAGGUCUUGUCUCAAUGAAUCAUAUUCUACCACGUGAAUAUAUAGACACUUUAGUUGUUUUACAGGAUAGAGCUUUAGUUAGACACCCUGAUGAGGUUGAGGAACUGUUUAUAGAAGACUUUGGUAUGACACCUCAGAAAAUGUUUAAAGAAUUUGAAAAAGAACCAAUUGCUGCUGCUAGUCUGGCCCAGGUACACAAAGCUGUGACGCAAGAUGACAAGAGAGUAGCUGUUAAGGUUCAGUAUAUAGACUUACAAGAUAGAUUUGCUGGAGAUAUCAGAACAUGUGAGGUUCUUUUGAAACUUAUUGGUUGGAUUCAUCCUAAAUUUGGAUUUGCUUGGGUUUUACAGGACAUGAAGACUACUUUGGCAGAAGAACUUGAUUUCAUUCAUGAGGGUAAAAAUGCAGAGCGUUGUCAAAAUGAUCUGAAGCAUCUAAAGUAUAUUUAUGUGCCAAAGGUGGAUUGGAACAAGACAAGCAAGAGAGUUUUGACCUCAGAGUAUAUAGAUGGAUGUAAAGUGAGUGAUAAAGAACAGAUUAAAGCCAUGGGUCUGUCAUUACAUGAUGUAGAUAAGAAGUUAGUUGAGAGUUUUUCUGACCAGAUCUUCCUUACUGGAUUUGUUCAUGCUGAUCCACAUCCAGGCAAUGUAUUUAUUAGAAAGGGUGCAGAUAAGAAAGCAGAAUUAGUAUUACUUGACCAUGGACUGUAUGACACACUAACACAACAGAACAGACAGUCACUAAGUCUAUUGUUUAAAGCCAUUGUAUUGAAAGAUGAAGAUAAAAUGAUGAAAUACUCUAAGGAGCUAGGAGUUGAUGAUUAUCAGAUAUUUGUGUUUUUGGUGAAACAAGGUCCAGUCAAGUUACAUAAAGCCCCACCAUUAUUUAGAGUGAAAAUUACAACAAAGGAAGAAUUUUACAACCUGGACCAAGAGAAGAAAGAUAUUUUUUUGGAGGACUACCAUGGACUUUGGGACCGUACAAUUGAUGUGAUGAAGGCAAUGCCUGCUCCUUUAUUCUUUAUAUUUAGAAACAUGAAUACUGUGAGAGCUAUCUGCCGAGAACAUGGUCAUGUUAUAGACAGAUAUGGGAUAAUGGCUAGAAGUGCAAUAGUUGGAGCCAAUAAGAUGGCAGGACAGGAUCUAAGUCUAGGUGGACGUCUGAAAUCAUGUUGGGAACGAUUCCUCUUUGACUAUAGUAUCAUUACAGAACGAUGGAUCAUUAAUCUAGGAUAUUUAUAUCUUAGAAUACUCCAGUUUCUAGGAAGAGCUCCUUCAUUGGCAAAAAUUCAGUAUCUUAUUGAUUCAGAGGAGAAAAGGUAUGAUACAGUCUAAUCAGAGAUGGAGAAGAAAGCCAGUAUUAAGUUUAACAGAUGUGCCAAAACAGACAGCUACUGCCAGAUUAAAACAAUAAAAAAUUGACACCUGCUUGUUUUGUUUAUAAUGGAUAUCAACAUAACUCUUUAUUUUCAAGGUUACAAACGCCCAUUUAAUGUUCACCCAAUUUGAUAUACUUUGGAUUCAUUAUUAUUCAUGGGAUACCAAUCUUCAUGUAUUUCGUGGGUACAGGUUAACCACGACUUUAAAUGUCUAAUAAGUAUAAAUUUUCUAUAGAUCUAGACCUGUAUGGAGACUUUGGCUAAACCACUAAUUCAAAUAUCCAAGAAAAUACAUUUGUUUCUCAAUCUACAAAUAUUGGUAUCCACAAAAAUAUAUGAAUCCACUUAUGAUUGAGAAUAUAUUUUAAGUACAUCUACUUUUUCUUGUUAAAUGCUUGUUUUAUGUAUUCAAUAGUAUUUAAUGUAAUUGCCUAAACUAUUAAAUAUGUCAUGUUGCCAUAUCUGCUGCAGAGGUAUCUGUAAAAUUUUAUAACAGAAUGUUCUAUAUCUCAAUUUUUAUUAGUUUUUAUAUACAAGUAUAUUUUUGAAUCACCCAGUUGAUACACAUCACUCUUUCCAUGUGGGAAAGCUCCUUGCCAUUUUAUUGUGCCUUACUUUGACCAAUAUAUAUGAUGUACAAUAUUUAUAGGCUGUAAGUCUAAUGAAUAUUUAAGCCAGAUGAAAUAAAUUCCUUUAUUUCCAACCAAUGAAUUUACAUAGAAAUAUUUCCUCUAUUUUACCAGCCCUGAUCUUGGUAAGGUUUAAAUCAGGUUUAAUGAAAUUCAGGAAAUUAGUACAAGUUCAUUUUUCUAUUUAACAUUUUCUACAAAUUUUAAUUACAUGUCUCAUGAAUUCAUCGAGAAGUUUUCAUUUAUAUUGGACUCUAGAAAUCUAUUCUUUAUUCACAGCAAAAAAAGACGUAUCAAACAAUGAAUUAAGUAUAACUUUACACUGUGUUUAUAUUGACACAUACAAGUGUGUACAUUUAAAUAUACAUUUUUUGUUAUGCUGGUCAUUUCAAUUGUUUUAUGUUUUUAUUAUUCCGAGUCUGUGUUUAUUUAUUUGUUUAAAAAAUUUUGUUUCAUUUUGAUAUUUUUAAGUGUUACAUUAUUACUAGUUCUGUUUUUUUAACACAAAAUCUAAACAAAAAUUAACAUAAUUCAUUUGUCUUCUAAAGAUAUUUUCACAGAGACAGGGACAUGAUUGGGAUGUAUGUGUUAUAUUAGAUAUAGGAACAUAACAAGCAAAGAUCAGUGAUACAUGUUCUGUAUGUACACUCGUCUCCAAACAUUAUAAUGGAGAAAUCGCUAUGUUAUAUUUGAAUGGGCAUUUUUGAAUCAUACCUCUAUUAAAUUUAUAGUUGUUUUCUUAAUUGAAAUUUUUCAAAACUUCUUCAUGGCAUUUAAAGAUAGCAUUCAUGAAUUAUUUACUUUGUUCAUUUAAUACUCAGCAUUUGUAAAUGUUAUUUUGAAAAUGUUUUGAAUUAUUUUUUUAAAGCUGUUCACAAUAUCUAUUAUGUUUUAUAAGAAUUUAUACCCACCAGUUAAGCAUUAUUAUCAUCUGAUUUCAGAUUUCAAAAUACUUAUCAUGAAUUUGUUGAUUUUACAUUCAGCUUUUUUUUUAUUGAUUAUCAGAGUAUUUUAAGAAAAAGAGAUAUUUAUUUUAUUGCUUUAUUUUUGCUGUGAUAUUAAACUUUACAUUGCUAAUUAUUUUUUAUGUAACUGAUAUUACAUUAUAUUUUACACGUUGUCAGGGACAAACAAUGUGAAUGAUAUUGUUUUAUCUAUUAUUUUUUAAGAUAAGCUUUGUAUUACUGAUUUUGGUUUCCUCAAAGAUUGUGUCAGAGCUUUAUUUAGCUAUCAAUACUUCUGUGAUCUUAGAAAUAGUAUUAUUGUUACAGUGUACAUAUCAUAAUUUGCCAAAAUUUUUGUUAAAAAUCUGGUUAAAUUCUGUGUUGAAAAACUGGACUUUAACACUGAAAAACCAAGAAAUACAGAACAUAACGACCAACAGCAUAUAAUGUGAUGAACAGAUAAAAGGUUAAAGCCAUAGUUUGUCAUAUUAUAAAGUUAAAAUGUUUUUAUUUUAUUCUCAUUCCAUAAUAUACUCAUUGAAAAAAAAAUUUUGGUUUAAAUAUUUGGCCAGUUUCUGUCUGAAAUCUUUAUUUUUUGGUGUACUUGAGGAUUUAACAAGUUUUACCUUUUAUGUUUUUGAGUUAAAUCAAAAAUACACAAUUUAAGGCGCAUAGAAAAAUAUUAAGAUAUCUUUACUUUGGAAGUUCUGAUAUUAGUGUAUGUAUACUUGUAAAAUAUUUAAAAAAAAACUAUCCUCGAUGAUUGGAAGUUCGUUACCCUAACUCGAAACAGAAGAAAAAAAUCACAACCUUGGAGCAACUAUUAUCCACUGUGAAUGUAAUUAUUCUUUACUUAUUUGCAAAAAGUCUGAUACACUUUAUUGAUGAAUAGCUUCAGAAACAUGGUCAAUCUUUCUAUGUUUCGUAUUUUGACCCGAUUCCGUAAAAUAAGUAGACAUGCUUGUAAGUUCGUGACCUUUGUCUUGGACGUUGGCUUUUGUGCAUGUGCAACAAUAUAUAAGUCAGGCCUAUUGUAUUAUGUAUUUGAGCAUUACAUAAUAAAUUUGAGAUCAAAUAACAAAUGAAUAUCUUGAAAAAAAGAGAAAUUGGGGCAUACUAACUUUUGUAUUCUCCCUACAACAAGUAUUCUAAUUUUUACACGUGACUUUCAAUGGUCAAUGAGAAAGUCCAGAAUUAAACAAUGGAAACACAUUUAAGAUAACUACAACGAUGUCACGAUGUGAUUAAUGAAUCAAAGUAUUUUUUCAUUCAAUUUGCACUCAAUACCAUAAGAUUAAAUUUAUUUUACGAGCCAAUAUUCCAUAGGUUUUGUUUUAUCAAAAUAAAUCAAAUCAUUUUCUGAUCUUAAAAAAUCCGCUCACAUACAAACUUUGAAAAAUAAUACCCUUGGCCUUAAAAAAAGAAAAAGAGCGCCACAUAACCUAAAUAUAGAUGAUGACUCAUUGUUGAGAUGUCCAAAACAUUGCUGAAAGGAUUUCCCAAGAAUUCAACGAAAUUCUAGGAUAGGAGUAAAACAGUCAUAGUGGAAAUAGACGUUUAAACAAACAAUAUUCAAGAACAUACACAACUUCUCUUUUUCAAGCCGAUAUUAGUAAAAAUGCAAUGCAAAAUAUCCGGUUAAGUUUUUUUGAAGUAGCACGUUGCUGAUGAUAAAUACUUAUGCAUGACAUCACAAAUAAAGUGGAAAUCCCCAAAUGUCACGAACUUGCAAGCAUAACGAACUUGCAAUCAUCAACGAUACUAUUAAUGAAAAAAGGUGGUGUAUGAAUUCAUGACAAAAUCCCUAACAUUUCAACAAGUCUGGUAUAGCCCUAUAUGUGUUAAAAUAUAAGGGCAUCAAAAAGGACCAAAACCCAAAAUACUGAAAUUUUACUUUUUUAGUGUUCAUUUUAGUUUUGGCAGCUUUUUUUUUCUUAUAUAUGUUCAAUGAAGAUUUAGAUAUUCAAUAAAUUGCAUUCAAUUUUAUUCACCUCAGGGUUUAUAAUCACUUUAUAAAGAGCAGAAGUAAAUGAUCGUAUAUUUUUUUAGUUGAUAUACAUACACAUCAUUUACAGAACAACUUACAAAACAUAAUUGUUUAAUAUCAUUAUGAUAUUUCUUGUGUUAAAAUUAUAUUUUUUAGAAAGGUUCUUAAAAUUUCCCCUUUCCUCUAAUUUCAAGGAAAUUGACAACAAUUUUAAAGUUGUGCUAAGAUACCCAAAUAUUGGACAAAGAAUUUAAAUGUCACAUGAAAAUACAAUUAACUGGAAAUGAAAGUUGAUGAAAAUUAAUCUAAAUUUUUUGUUUAGUUUAUUAUUUUCUCACUCUCAAAGACUUGAAUCAUUGAGAAAGUGAAAUUUACCAAAUACUUGUGUGUAAAUCUGUAUAUAAAGGCUUGUAUUUAUUAGAUUAAAAUUCUUGGCCUUAGAAUAAACACAAAAUAGCGUGAAUUUUGUUGUUGUACAUUACUUCUUGGACUUAUGCCAGUACUCAUUAUUUUUCAAAAAUAUUUUCAGGAUUAUUGACGUCAUAGUUUUGCAUAAUUUGAAAUAAAAGAAAAAUAAAAUCGAAUGAAGAUAUGUUUUCGUUUAUCUUGUGGUAAAAAGCCUUGCUUGUUUUUGCAACUGGAUAUUUGAGUAUUAAAAAAAUAAUUCAGAAAGUGGAAAAAUAUGUGUUUUCAAGGAAAGGUUGAAAACUGGCUUUUCUGUAUCAUCACAAUUAUAUUAAUUAUGAUAUAUUUUUUUGUCUACGCUUUAAUACAGGCAUACUAGGUUACACAAUACAACAGAUUAAAACUACAAUAGAUAUAUGAAAAAUAGAAUAAAAUAAUGCCAUUACACCUACAGUACCUCCUUUCAGUAAUUAACUUCAAUUUUAAGAGAUAUUAGUGUAUAAUGAUCUCAUUCUAAUGUGUUAUGUGAUAUUUAAUAUAAUUUUAAAUGUAAAUUUAUUAUUUAUUAAAGAAAUUUGACUGCAUUUUAUGAGAAAUGUGUUCAUGAUAUUGUGGACUUAUGUAUAUGUAUUAAAAUAAUCAAAUUAUAA